AUGUCCAAUAGCACCAGAAUAAGUACAUUCCUCCUUGCAGGACUUUCAAGCUGCUCUCAUUGCCAGAAUGCCAUCUUUACCUUAUUUCUUCUAGUUUAUGUCUUCACACUCUUGGAGAAUCUGGCAAUUAUUGCACUGAUUUUACGAGACCCGAAACUAUGGAAGCCAAUGUACAUUUUUGUGGGAAACCUUUCCUUCUUGGAGGUUUGGUAUAUAAGUAUCACACUCCCCAAUGUGCUGGCCAACAUCAUGACCGGUAAUCGGGAGAUAUCCUACGCUGGCUGUAUCACUCAGCUUUUUACUUUUACCUUUUUAGGGGCUACUGAAUGUUACCUUCUGGCCACCAUGGCUUAUGACCGUUAUGUAGCUAUCUGCUAUCCUCUAAGAUACACUGUUUUAAUGCAAGAUAAGUAUGUUUUGUCCCUCCUCAUUGUCUCCUGGCUCACUGGAUUUGCCACCCCAAUUCUUCCGAUCUGGUUCUUGAUACAACUGAACUUUUGUGGAACCAAUGAGAUUGACCAUUACUUUUGUGACGUUUCUCCUCUAUUGAAGUUGGCUUGUGGAAACAUUAAACUAAAAGAAAUUGUAGACUUAAUUGUAUCAGUGUUUGUCCUUGUAAGUUCGAUGCUGGUCAUCUUCAUCUCUUACAUUUGCAUAGCAUGGGCAAUUCUAAAAAUGCCAUCUUCUAAAGUGCGUUACAAAGCCUUUUCCACGUGUGCUUCUCACUUGGCCGUAGUUUGUGUCUACUAUGGAAGUAUGAGUUUUACCUACAUCCGAGUCGAUUCAGCUUCUCCUGGUUCUACAAACAAGCUUGUAUCUGUUUUAUAUUCUGUUAUUACACCCAUGCUCAACCCCCUUAUUUACACUCUUAGAAAUAAGGAUGUAAGGCAGGCAAUACAAAAAAACUUUUCGAAACCAAAGGGGUCUAAGUUGGGUCUCUAA